AUGAGACGCGGCGCGUUGACCAAGGAGGAGGAGGAGGCUAUAGGCGAGGACGUCGAGGUACGCCGCGAGGACCAGGACAAGAUCAACAGAUUCAGCCGUUUGCAUCGCCACGAAUUGGCGAUUGAGGAGGAGUUGAAGGCGAAGCAGAAAGAGAAGGAAGAGUUGGACGAUAUCACAACUGAGCUGGAGCUUGCUGACGAGGACGAGCUUGUCCCAUACAAAGUCGGCGACGCAUUUUUCCACGUUCCCCUCCCCCAAGCCCAAGAGAUGCUCGGUAUUUCGACGGCAAAGCUUGAGGAGGAAAUCUCGGAACUUGAGGAGAAGCUGAGCAAUAUCCGCGAUGAGAUGUCACAACUAAAGGUGGAGUUGUACGCAAGAUUUGGCAAGACCAUCAAUCUCGAGACAUGA